UCAGUAGUUGUCUUGCGGCGGUGGUUCGAGGAGGGGCUGUAACGCUACGAUUCUGAAGGCUGGUGACAGGGCGGGGAGUGAGGCGCGUGUCACCCACAGAGGGCCAGGCAGACGCGGACACACGCCGGCCAUGAAGGCGUUCCUGACGGUAGUGGCGCUGGCAACGGCGGCUGCGGCAGCAUCAGUGACUGAGAGUGGGGAGGAGUUCACGCCUCGCCACCGGAGGAGUCUCGGGGGUUGGUUCAGUGAAUUCUUCGGAUACGACGAUGAGGACAACUACAGCUCAGAAGCCAUUAUUGUACCAGUACCGUACCCUCGCCAAAUGCGCCAUAUCAGAGGACACUACGGGGCUCCUCAGGGCUCCUAUGGCCCUCCCCCAAUAAAAGCCUCCUAUGGUCCUCCUCCUCUUCCUCCUAAGACCUAUGGUCCUCCUCCUUCAAAGGGUUAUGGUCCUCCUCCAAAGGCUACCUAUAUCCCUCCUCCUACAGCCUCUUACGGUCCUCCUCCUCCUCCACCUCCUCCUCCUCCUUCAAAGGGCUAUGGUCCUCCUCCUCUUCCUCCUUCAAAGGGCUAUGGUCCUCCUCCUCCUUCAAAGGGUUAUGGUCCUCCUCCUAAAGCUACUUUCAUUCCUCCUCCUGAAGCCUCCUAUGCUCCACCUCCUCCUCCUCCACCAACAUCAUAUGGUCCCCCUCCAAAAGCCACUUAUAUUCCUCCUCCCAAUCCAACAUAUGGUCCUCCUCCAACCUCCUAUGGUCCCCCACCACCCCCAGUACAUCAUGGUAUUAAGGGAGGUAUUGGAGGCCACAUUAAGGGAGGUGGUGGUGGUCACAUUGGUGGAGGUCACAUUGGAGGUCACAUCAAGGGAGGUGGUGGAGGUCACAUAGGAGGAGGUCACAUCAAGGGAGGUGGUGGAGGUCACAUAGGAGGAGGUCACAUCAAGGGAGGUGGUGGAGGUCACAUAGGAGGAGGUCACAUCAAGGGAGGUGGUGGAGGUCACAUAGGAGGAGGUCACAUCAAGGGAGGUGGUGGUCACAUUGGUGGUGGUCACAUCAAAGGUGGUGGCGGAGGUCACAUUGGAGGAGGUCACAUAAAAGGUGGUGGCGGAGGUCAUAUUGGAGGAGGUCACAUAAAAGGUGGUGGCGGAGGUCACACUGGAGGAGGUCAUAUCAAGGGAGGUGGUGCUAUCCAUGGACAGGGAAUCCCUCAUGGCUUUGGCCCUGUGAAGCACACUGAUGUGGUCUCUGGGGGAGAUGGGUACUCUGUCCCAGCUGUGCCUGUCUCAGACUAUGCUGGGCCACCACCACCACUGCCUGACAUCCAUGGAGUCUCACACGCAGAUGAUCAUGACCUGUAUGGUCCGCCCAAAAUUCCCAUUGAGACUUAUGUGUCUCCGGAAGUCCCUGUGGUGCCACCUCAGGCAAUUGACCAUGUGCCCAUAGGACCUCCGCUGCCUAUUGGACCUACAGUUCCUGAUACCUCAAACAAUUACCGAGCUCCACCGUCAUUCCCACCACCUAUGGCUGCUCAUGGCUCCUCCUCCUCUUCUUAUCUUGAUGGAUUUGAAGCCUCACAACCCAUAGUCCCUGCUGGUUCUGUUCGUCCACUCUAUGAUCUUCCAAAUGAUCAUUUACAGAUUGUUGAUGAUUCCAUAGAACUUUCACAUCCCUCAUGUCUUGGUCAUUCAUGUUCUGAUGGAGAAGUUUAUCCUCCAGCCCCACUGCCAAUAUUGCCUCCGGGAAGCGGUGCCAUUGACUUUGGUGGAAAGAAACGAAGUGUAGAAGGAGGUCAUGUGGUUUCGGAGGUUUCCUUGACAGAUUCUCCUCAAACUCUGCUCUAUGGAGCAGAACUGGGAUAUGAUGACCCAAUCAUUGAGAUUGUGAUUGAGGAUGGGGACCCACUCCCAGCCCCACCCCCACCAGUAAUAGAUCCUUCACUCUAUGAGGUGCCAAAUGAUCCAGUGGAAGUGUUCUUCAUUGAAUACAGUCCUGGGGACAAUCUAGAUGAUCUGGAUUCUUUAGAUCUUGGUGAUGCACAGUCUGCUGUCCUCCAUGACUUGCCCCAGGAGCUUCCCCUUGGUGUGCGCAAUCACUUACUUGACUCAGGAGUCCUUGGCAAUGCUGAAAUCCAGGUACUUGAUCUGGAAGAUGCCUUAGGUACAGACUACCUGGAUGGAGAUGUGAGGGAAGCCCUAGAAUCCGUGUAUGGCUCAGAGAGUCGUCAAUCUAUCACAAAGGUGGACCCCUCAGACAAGCAGAAUGUGGAGGUAAAGGUGCGUCGCCUUGUGGAAGAUGGAAGGACUGCCAAAGUAGAUGAACUUCUUUCCAAUCUCAGGGGAUUCCAGAAAGGGCGCUUUGCUGGACGCGUGAAGGCCAAUGAUGAGGAAUCUGACAAGUUCAUUCCUGUGAGUGUAGAUGGUGAUCGUCUGCCACUACCUGACAACCCAGAGCUAGAGGGACGUGAGUUGGCAGGUGUCCUUGUCUUAGCUGAGGAUGAUUCUGGUGAAGCUGAAGAUGAUGUACCAGAGCCACCAUCUAACACCAGUGAUCCUGACCACAAUCUGGUGACAUCAGGAACGGAGGAACAGCCCAUCAUCCAGCCUUCUCCAAAAGACAACCCUGAGGAUCGAGAGUGGCAUGGGGACCCUGAUGGUUGGCGUCCAGUUUGGAACUGAACUUUGCUAUCCUUCGUCCAGCUCUGUGCCUCUCCUUGCCUUGCCCCUUGCCAAGAACCACAUUCUUGGGUCAGCAGGUGGCAGGUGACUUUCAAGUCAUUCACUGUGGGGAUGCAAGUCAGACAGGACUCACAGGAGUUCAGCUACUUAUUUCCCUGUGACAGUCCAACCCCGGAGCCAAGAGGAGCAUAUGGGAACAAGAACAUAGGACCCGUGGCCCUCAUAUGUGCUCCUCAUUGUUAAGCCUUGUGGGCCUGUUUCUGCCUUACCCCCUUCAUUACCCUCUGUACAUAGUGUCAACCAGUAGCUCGGGGUGGCAGCAGUAACCAGGGUUAAGACCGUGUCAUAGGAAGCAUAAGGUUCCCUUUUUAUAAGUAUUAAGUUUUUAUACUUUUAUAUGUCAGUAUGAAUGCAAUGAAUAUUUUUCUAAUAUCUCAGGACAAUAAUUGGUGUGUGUGUGUGUGUGUGUGUGUGUGUGUGUGUGUGUGUGUGUGUGUGUGUGUGUGUGUGUGUGUGUGUGUGUGUGUGUGUGUGUGUGUGUGUGUGUGUGUGUGUGUGUGUGUGUGCAUCAGUUGAGAAAGCUAAAGCAGCAGUACUUCAUAUUUGUAUGUUAAACAAUAUCAAUAAAUCAAUAAAAACAUAGCUCUAAGGGUGAUAUUACUGUGAGACAAGAUUAACACAUGAACAUUUGUUGUUUUUAUGUUAUAUCUUUUAAUAUUUUCUUGUUGAUGUUAACCACAUGAAUGUAAGAUACUUGUUUUUUUUUUUAUGCUAAAUUUACUUGACUAUUCAUGGUUCUUAGUCAAAUGUUGGCACCAACACACAAAGGUUGUGGUGAACAUAGGAGUGGCAGCACCAAUUUGCACACUGGGUGUGCUCAGAAUCACCUUGGUGUUUACAUAUUCGUGUCUAUAGAGUGGGCUGUAAAUUUCCAUGCAGUGGAAAUUAAUAAUGUUUUUUUUUCUUUUUUUACAAAAUGUUGCACAUGGUUACCAUAAUUUUCAAAACUGUUUACAAGAUGUACACCUCUGGCACUAUGUGAACAAACUAACAAACACACUUGGUGUUACACUUGUAACAUGGUAGCAUUAAAUAGCAUAACAGUAAUUGUGUUAAGGUUUCUUCACCAUGAGACUGCACCUUUGUAUGUAUAUUUUGAACAUAAUGGACACCAUAUACAACAUAGUCUAUAAUUUUUCUUUGUGUGUUAAUUCCUUUGUGAAGCAAACCAUACUGAAUUACAGAUUACAUGCAUCCCAGCUAAUGUAUUGGUAUGAAAAUUUUUUGUUUGUUUUCAGUGAAUAAUCUACUUAUCAUUAAUUAAUCACUGUGACCAUUAUUUUUAGGUUUCUAAAAUUAUAUUGUAACUGACAUUAUCUGUCAGUUUUUGUCCACACAAUGUUGCUCAAGAAUUUCCACAAUCAUCUGCUGACAGAAUCAUGCAAUCAGUUGCUCUAUUAUUAGUAUUUAAAGGAGUCAAUGUGAAUGUAAUGUACAGUAAAUUAAUAAAUUUUGAAAAUGUG